CACCCGGCAGCCGGCAGCCAUGCGAAGCCGCCCCCUCCUCCUGCUCCUCCUCCUCGUCGCGGCGACGGCGGCGCCCACGGCGUCGCCGUCCUCGGCGUUCGCGUGCGCGCCGGGCGGCCCCGCGGCGUCGCUGCCGUUCUGCCGGCAGUCGCUGCCGCUGCGGGCGCGGGCGCGGGACCUCGUGUCCAGGCUGACCCGCGCCGAGAAGGUGCGGCUGCUGGUGAACAACGCGGCCGGGGUGCCGCGGCUCGGGGUGGCCGGCUACGAGUGGUGGUCCGAGGCGCUGCACGGCGUGUCGGACACGGGGCCCGGGGUGCGGUUCGGCGGCGCCUUCCCGGGCGCCACCGCGUUCCCGCAGGUCAUCGGCACCGCCGCGUCGCUCAACGCCACGCUCUGGGAGCUCGUCGGACGGGCGGUGUCCGACGAGGCGCGCGCCAUGUACAACGGCGGGCGGGCGGGCCUCACCUUCUGGUCCCCGAACGUGAACAUCUUCCGGGACCCGCGGUGGGGCCGCGGCCAGGAGACGCCCGGCGAGGACCCCGCCGUCUCGGCGCGCUACGCCGCCGCCUACGUGCGCGGCCUCCAGCAGCCCUACGCCGCCCCGAACGGCGGCCACCGCAACCGCCUCAAGCUCGCCGCCUGCUGCAAGCACUUCACGGCGUACGACCUGGACAAGUGGGGCGGCACGGACCGGUUCCACUUCAACGCCGUGGUGGCGGCGCAGGACCUGGAGGACACCUUCAACGUCCCCUUCCGCGCCUGCGUCGAGGACGGCCGCGCCGCCAGCGUCAUGUGCUCCUACAACCAGGUCAACGGCGUGCCCACGUGCGCCGACGCGGCGUUCCUGCGCGGCACCAUCCGCGGGCGCUGGGGCCUGGACGGCUACAUCGUCUCCGACUGCGACUCCGUCGACGUCUUCUUCCGCGACCAGCACUACACGCGCACCCCCGAGGACGCCGCCGCCGCCACGCUCCGCGCCGGCCUCGACCUCGACUGCGGGCCGUUCCUCGCGCUCUACGCCGGCUCCGCCGUCGCCGCGGGCAAGGUCGCCGACGCCGACGUCGACGCCGCGCUCCUCAACACCGUCACCGUGCAGAUGCGGCUCGGCAUGUUCGACGGGGACCCCGCGGCCGGGCCGUUCGGGCGCCUGGGCCCCGCGGACGUGUGCACCAGGGAGCACCAGGACCUGGCGCUCGACGCGGCGCGCCAGGGCGUCGUGCUCCUCAAGAACCGGCGCGGCGCCAGGCACAACAGGGACGUGCUCCCGCUCCGCCCCGCCGCGCACCGCGUCGUCGCCGUCGUCGGCCCGCACGCCGACGCCACCGUCGCCAUGAUCGGGAACUACGCGGGCAAGCCCUGCCGCUACACCACGCCGCUGCAGGGCGUCGCCGCGUACGCCGCGCGGGUUGCGCACCAGGCCGGCUGCACCGACGUCGCGUGCCGCGGGAACCAGCCCAUCGCCGCGGCCGUCGAGGCGGCGCGCCAAGCCGACGCCACCGUCGUCGUCGCGGGCCUCGACCAGAGGGUGGAGGCCGAGGGCCUGGACCGGACCACCCUUCUCCUCCCUGGGCGACAGGCCGAGCUCAUCUCCGCCGUGGCCAAGGCGUCCAAGGGGCCAGUCAUCCUCGUGCUCAUGUCUGGCGGUCCCAUCGACAUCGCGUUCGCGCAGAACGACCCCAGGAUCGAUGGGAUCCUGUGGGUCGGCUACCCCGGCCAGGCCGGAGGACAGGCGAUUGCCGACGUCAUCUUCGGACACCAUAAUCCAGGUGCGAAGCUGCCGGUGACAUGGUACCAUCAAGACUACCUGCAGAAGGUGCCGAUGACAAACAUGGCGAUGCGCGCGAACCCGGCGCGCGGGUACCCCGGCCGGACGUACCGGUUCUACACGGGCCCGACGAUCUACCCGUUCGGGCACGGGCUCAGCUACACCCAGUUCACGCACACGCUCGCGCACGCGCCGACGCAGCUCACCGUGCGCCUCUCCGGCAGCGGCCACUCCGCCGCGUCCGCCGCCUCCCUCCUCAACGCGACGCUUGCGCGCCCCGUCCGCGCCGUGCGGGUGGCGCACGCGCGGUGCGAGGGCCUCACGGUCCCGGUGCACGUGGACGUGAGCAAUGUCGGCGACCGCGACGGCGCGCACGCCGUGCUCGUGUACCACGCGGCGCCCUCGCCCUCGCACGCUGCCCCCGGCGCGGACGCGCCCGCGCGGCAGCUGGUGGCGUUCGAGAAGGUGCACGUGCCCGCGGGCGGCGUGGCGCGCGUGGAGAUGCGCAUCGGCGUGUGCGACCGGCUCAGCGUCGCGGACCGGAACGGCGUGCGGCGGGUCCCCGUCGGCGAGCACAGGCUGAUGAUCGGCGAGCUCACGCACUCGGUCUCGCUCGGCGUCGAGCAGCUCGGGGUAUAACCGGAUGCUUGAACGGAAGGUGGAGGAUCCAGAGUAAUAAUUGUGAUGUGAUGUGUUGUUUCGGGUGGGGGGUAUUAUUGGCUUCUGAUUGCCGGGGUGCUUGCUGCUGUCUCUGCAAAGGUGGAGAUGGGAGAUGUAGAAGGCACCGGAUUACUGAAAAUUGCUGGAUUGAAAACGAAAACGAUUGAAAUGGAAGGAAGACAGAAGAAUGUUGUUUCCCUCCUC